GGUUUUAAGAUAUUGUCGACUUUUACUGCGUAUUUUGUGACAAUUUUCUAUUAAACUAUUGGUUAAGUGUUUGACUACAAUUUGGAAAAUAUGUACUUUUGAGCUAUGGAUAAAUUAGGGGUAAAAAUGCUUAUCAACGACAUCGAAAACAAGGACGAACUGUUCAACGUAAUCGUCGGUGAAUUGCGUGGCCAUGGGAUAAAAUAUCGUAAGGAAAAACGAACCAAGAACGGGCAGGACAAAGCACGGUGUAAAAGGAUAUUCAACGUCCCUCUUCAUACAUUGGAACUAACAGACGUAAUUCUGGCAAACGGCGGUAUAGCACAGGUUCCUCUAUUCGUUUCGGAUGCCUGCCAGCGCAUUUUGGAGCAGGUGCAUACGGAGGGAUUAUUUCGAAAAGCUGGUUCUUCGAAACGGCAGCAGGAAAUUAAAGCUAGUCUCGAAUCUGGUCAUCCUUUAGGUAAAUCGCAUCACGUCAUUGAUGUUGGCAACAUUCUGAAAACUUUCUUUCGUGAUCUACCCGAGCCUCUUCUGCCACCGGGAAAUAUUCAAGAAGCUUUGAUCCGCUGCCUUAUUUCUGGAGAACACAAAGUGUACGAUCUCAUGAUCACCUGCUUGCUUCUUCCACCCAUCACAUUGAAUACGUUGGCGUUCUUUAUGCAGUUCUUACACACCGUUUCAUUGAAUGCGCAUUUUAAUAAGAUGACGAUGGAGAACCUGGCCAUAAUUCUGGCACCGAACUUGAUGCCCAUCGUUGAGAUGGUUCAGCAACGAUUGAACAGUCACGUAAAGGUUAUACAAUUGCUUAUCGAACAUUCCCAUCAGAUAGGCAUUGUACCGGAAACAAUCCUGGAGAAACUUAACGAUUCCAUCAGUUUGAUUCGUCAGACAGGCGAUACGACAGGAAACACUACCGACAAGAAAAAGAAGAAACGGAGGAGUGGUUCGUUGACCCGAAUGUUCCACGGUUUGAGAAAGAUAGUUGGUGCUAUUGGAUCAUCUGAAAGCUUGGAUAAGACUGACGAAUAUUUGGACAAGGAUGCCACCGUUGCAGCUACAGCUGCCACUCCGUGCCUUAAUAAAUCAUCGAAAAAGCGAAAAGUCGCCGACGGGAUGCCAUUCAGUGCAAAGAAAAAGAAAGAAGUAGUUUCAUCACUUCCGGAUAAUCAAGAAAUCCUACCGUAUACUCCGCUGGCAUUAAUGAAGGAAUCGAAAAAAUCUCGCCUUAGUCUCGGGGGCAAUAAGAACAAAAUGGGCAAGACCGGCUCCAGAUUGGCCCCGAGCUCUUCGAUUACGUCGAUUGUCGAUAACAAACCAAUGGAACGUCGUUGGAGUGUGGUCGGAGCACCGUGGGCCCGUAAAAAACAAAAUCGUAAUGGAGGAGUUGUCGAUUCCAAGCCCUCGUCCGGGGGACGGAUCGAUUCUGGUAGGAAAACCGAAGAAGAAGACGAAGGCGAAGAAAUCAAAGGCUUGGCGGGUCUUUCACCUGUGGUUUCGUUGCCAAAUCUGAGUACCCCGGACCUGGAGAAGGAACGGGAGUUGUUUGAAGCUCAGAUUGUGAAAAUGCCAAUGUUGAAGGGAAAAGUAUUGUUCAAUGACGACGACGACGAUGAUGAUGAUGAAGACGAAGAAAACCACCGUAAACAAGCCAUGAACAGCCAUAGCGGAAAGGAAUAUAUGCGGAUUCCUAAAAGCGAAUACGAAGCUAUUAAGGAACGCGUCACGGCGAUCGAGACAAGGAUAUCUCAGGAAUUUGGUAACAUCAUAGGAGGAGUGGCAGAUGAUAAAAGACAAAUGCUUGACGGUAUCGAACGGGUUGAGGAUAAAUAUCAACAAACGUUGGAACACACGGUUCCCAUAGAAGCUAGUUGUUCUAGUACAGAUCAACUGGCGAAAAGGUUGAGUCGGGAGUUGAAGAUUCGCCGUAGUGUUGAACAUAAAGUGAUGCGUUCACCAAGCGCCCGGAAAAUCGGAACAAUUAGAAGACGUUCAAAGGAAAAUAUUCGGCUUUCCCGAAACCAAUCGUGGCACAUGGGAUCAACUGCAACUAAUGUAAAACCUAUUGCUCCCAUUGCAUCGGAUCUAUCAUUCUAUCCGAAAACUAAUCUGAAAAGAGGUCGCCCGAAUACAGUGCAAACGGGUCUGAAGCAUCCCGAAUUGAGUCCUGUAAAACGUGCAGAAGAUAGCGCAGCCUUAUCCGGACAAAACAUUACCGAUGAAGAAAAGCAAGAGGAAAAGUGGACCUGUGCCAAAAGAUUCUUCGGUGAUGACUUAUCCAUGGAUACUACGAGUGGAGACAUUUUCAAAACACCCGAAGUGACAACCACCAUGCCAAGGCGAACAUCAAUACGCUCCGCUGGAAGUUCCAAGAAGGCAACACCACAUUUCGUUACCCGAAUUGAACUCGGUGAAGCUAAAACCCCUAUGCUCCCUCCGGAAGUACCUCCACGCAAAACACCCGCCAAAACACCCAUGCUUCCACCCAAAACUCCAGGUCGUCUGGAUUCGACAUUGCUGAAAACACAUCUUACACCCCUGCAAGAACUGCAAUCUGGGCGGGCUUCAAUUGCUCGCUUACGCAGUCAAAAUGCUGGAAUGGUGAUGGCCAAAGCUAAGCUCUUCGAUGGUAUGGUCACGAGUACAAAUCAAUCAUCUCAACCACAGAAUAAUCGUCGUCAGAGUAGCAAAUUUUUGAUGAAGAACAAUCCUGAUGGUACCAAAAUUCUGAAUCCUCUGAUGCAAGUUCCAGAAAAGAUUCAACUGCGGCAGGUGCAACAAGUUCGAAAUGUCACUUCGACUCAUAACGUGAAAAGUCCGCACCGCUCAACGCCGCGUAAACGAGCCAUGACAAAGUCACCGCACGGGGGCAUUAAUCGGCGGGAAAAGCUCAGACUCGCUGCAAAAUCUCCCGGGACAAAAGCUUUCAACUCACCCCGUAUGAUUCGGCAACUACAGGACGAAUCCAAAAGUCUCGUGACUGUAAAUUCCGCAAAUCCAGAUGGCAGUGUAUGCUUUUCGUCGAAUAUCUACGAUCUGGAUAAUAAGACUCCACAUGGCAAGAAGAAUUUUGCACGUAACUCUCCUCGAAGACUCAUGGCCACCACUCCUCAGGGUAGGGAAAAUAGAUCGACAAAUCCGGUUGGAAGACAGCAAACACCGAUGAAGGCAACGCCCCUCUCUAAGCUGGCUAUAGCGCCAUCAGCUGCAGCACAAGGCGUAGAUGGCAUGCCAGCGCGACGAGAAUCACCACGACUACUGGCCAAUAGUGGUCCACCCAGGAGAGCAGCUAAUACGACUGCCGCCGUUGGACCUUAACCGCAUACGUAUAUAGCCAAGUAAGUGUUUAUCAUUUUUUGUGAAUGAUUUUUCUAGAUUAAUUAAACGUGACGAUCGUAUUAUAUAUUAAGUCGUUGCGUUGCUACGAGUCUGUGAUGGUGAGUUGAUGAUGUGCUCUUCAUAGCGAUGAACGGAAAAUAUAUAGACUG